CCGCUCCUCUCCCGCGAGCACAGGGCCGGACCUCGCUGCUCUGAUCUCUCCGCCGUCCCGGGGCUCCAUGCCCGGCCAUGGUCGACAUUACCGGCAGCUGGAACCUGUCCUUCGCCGGCUGCGGCUUCCUGGGGAUUUACCACAUCGGGGUGGCCAGCUGCCUGCUGGAGAAGGCGCCCUACCUCCUGCGGGGGGCCACGCGGCUCUACGGGGCCUCCGCCGGCGCGCUGACCGCCUCUGUGCUCGCGAGCCAGGCGUGCAUAACUAAAUGUUGUGAGGAUGUUCUGGAGGUGGCCAAGGAGGCCAGGAAGAGGAACCUGGGCCCGCUCCACCCGACCUUCAACCUGGUCAAGGUGAUCCGGACCGGGCUGGACCGGGACCUGCCGGCCGACGCCCACCUGCGGGCCUCGGGCCGGCUCAGCGUGUCGCUCACCAGAGUGUCGGACGGGGAGAACGUCCUGGUGUCAGAGUUCAGCUCCAAGGAGGAGCUCAUUCAGGCUCUGAUCUGCAGCUGCUUCAUCCCAGUGUACUGUGGCCUCAUCCCCCCGUCCUUCAGAGGAGUGCGCUACGUGGACGGAGGCAUCAGCAACAACCUGCCGCAGUCGGAGCUGAAGAACACCAUCACCAUCUCGCCCUUCUCGGGGGAGUGUGACAUCUGCCCCCGAGACAACUCCACCAACUUCCACGAGCUGCGCUUCACCAACACCAGCAUCCAAAUGAACCUAGGCAACAUGUACCGCCUGAGCCGGGCGCUGUUUCCCCCCGAGCCCAAGGUCCUGGCUGAGAUGUGUCAGAGCGGUUAUAAGGAUGCUCUGCGCUUCCUGGAAGUAAACAACCUGCUGAUGCUGGACUCCCCGACCGCUGGCCCCGCCCCCCCAGAGAGCCCGCCCCCUUGCUGCUGCACGCACACGGAGACCACCCAGGAGUGGGUGCUGCGGAGGCUCCGCCUCCUGCGCAAACAGCACUGGUGGCUGGACGAGCAGCUGGUGCUGCCCACGCCCAUCAGGAAAGUGCUCUGCUCCGCGUGCCAGGACCAGUCCGGCCUGUACGCCAAGGUGUCCACCAUGCUGCCCGUGCGCGUGGCGUCCUACAUGCUCAUGCCCUACACGCUGCCCGUGCAGUCGGCCUACUCCGCGGCCCAGAGGUUCGUGGAGUGGAUCCCGGAGGUGCCGGCGGACAUGCGGUGGCUGCUGGGCGUGGCGGGUGACAUGUACCAACAGGCCCGGAGAGGAGCGCCGGCCAACGCCACCAGUGAGCCCGGCCUGAGGAAGUGCCUGAGCGCGCCGCCGCCGCCGCCCGGCUGCGACAAGUCGGUGCACCUGCCGGCGCUCUCCUCCCUGGACCUGCACGGCAGCUACUGGGAGAUCCCCAAAUCGACCUCCUCCUCUUCCUCCUCGCCCCACCACCCUCCUCACAUCGCCCCCUCGUCCCCGCAGCAGGUCUGCUUCUUCGUGGGCUCUCAGGACGACCCCCCCCCAGGGCCCCGCGCUGCAGUGACAGUGACGGGGGGACUCUGACCACCGGGCGCUCGACGCCUGAGCCCAUGAGCAGCGCUGCGUACGAGGAGGCGCAGAACACUCCUGCAGCGGGGCGCUCCGGACCGAGCGGGACCACGGAGCUGUUUCAGUGUGCAGGAAGGUGUCUGGCGUUGGGUAACCCUCCCUACAAGCAACAGGAAGUGAUGUCAUUAACUGAAGUGUCCUUGAGCCUGAGACGAUAUAUUGAGACGUGAUUUCGUCCCUUUUCUCACAGACAGCUCCCCCCAUUGUUUACCUUCUCGCCUCCUCGCUCCUCCUUUCUAAAAGGCCCUGUAGGAGCGAGGAGCCGCGUGCUGUUGGCUGUGGAGCCUCCAGAGGUCAUCGAUGUGUUGACCUCGUUCCUCAAGUUGUAAAUCAGUUUGAAGUUGUACUUUUUGCACUGUGAUGUUCUCUUGAGAUUAAACAUUUGAAAAAAAUAAA